AGAGGGCGCAAGUUAUCUUCGUCUAGAGAGGGAAAACCAGCGCCAGCCGCCAAGGACUGGAGAACUAGGGUUCUUUUGGCUCGUACGGCCGUACCUGUCCGCGAAUCCUCACUCUGCUGUUUCCGCGCUGUUUACGUCGAGUUUUCAGGUUCUGAGUUCCGGGAGCCGGAAAAGGGGCAAACUAUCGGAUCCUUCAUCUGUCUGUCAGAUCUGGUAUUUAGAUUGGAGCUCUCGCUCAGUCUUCACUAGGCAGAUGGAUCUUUCAAUGUAGUUAUUGGGAUUCGUUCGCUUCCUCUCUCCUGAUUUUCUGUCCCCUGUCAUCAGCUGUUUUGCCAAAUCACUGAUCUUUUUUGGUUCGCACCUGUGUGCCUCUUUGAAUGAUUGUUUCUGGAUUGAGUGAAUAUUUGGCUCAAUCACAAUCGGCUUCUGAGUUGGGCUCUCAUUUGAGAGUGCGGGGUAGGCUACUCUCUGCAGUUUCCAUCUCUGUUGCCGGUUGUGAGAUCUGUCUUUCUCUUGUCCUAUGAUGUCUCCUAACUUGGACAGUCCCGUUCAGACCCAGAUGGCUGUGGUACCCUUAAGAAUCCCACUUGUUGGGGAAUACCCUGUAAACAAGAGGAUGGAUGGGAAACCUAUGACCGGAAGAAGACGCGUAUUCGUUCAAACAGAUUCUGGAUGUGUUCUGGGCAUGGAGCUAGAUCGCAGUGACAAUGCACAUACUGUUAAAAGGAGAUUGCAGAUUGCCCUCAAUUUCCCGAUUGAGGAGAGUUCUUUGACUUUUGGUGAUAUGGUUUUGAACAAUGAUCUCAGUGCAAUUCGGAAUGAUUCCCCUCUACUUUUGACUAGGAACACUUUGCAUAGAAGUUCAUCAACACCCUGCCUUUCUCCCACUGGCAGGGAUGUCCAACAUAGGGAUUGGAGUGGUCCUAUUGAGAUAUUGGGGAACUCUAGCAGCUUUGCAAAGACGAAACAGACUGUCAAGGAAAUUGUUAAGGCAAUGAAGGCAGGAGUUGAACCCCUUCCCGUCAACGGUGGACUUGGAGGAGCAUACUAUUUUAGAAACAGCAGAGGGGAGAGCGUUGCUAUUGUGAAGCCAACAGAUGAAGAACCCUAUGCUCCCAACAACCCAAAAGGAUUUGUGGGCAAAGGUCUUGGGCAGCCUGGCUUGAAACGGUCGGUUAGGGUUGGUGAAACAGGUUUCAGAGAGGUUGCUGCAUAUCUUCUUGAUUAUGAUCAUUUUGCCAAUGUCCCACCAACAGCUUUGGUGAAAAUCACACAUUCAAUAUUUAACGUUAAUGAUGGUGUGAACGGAAACAAGCAUAUUAACAACAAGAAGAAGCGUUUUGUUAGCAAGAUUGCAUCUUUUCAGCAGUUCAUCCCUCAUGAUUUUGAUGCCAGCGACCACGGAACGUCAAGUUUCCCUGUUUCUGCUGUGCACCGGAUUGGGAUAUUAGAUGUUAGGAUUUUUAACACAGAUAGACAUGCCGGAAAUCUUCUAGUCAGGAAACUUGAUGGUAUUGGGGGGUUUGGUCAGGUGGAACUCAUUCCCAUUGAUCAUGGUCUCUGUUUACCAGAAAACUUGGAGGAUCCAUAUUUUGAGUGGAUUCAUUGGCCACAGGCUUCCAUUCCAUUCUCUGACGAUGAGCUUGAUUAUAUAGAUAGACUUGACCCUCUAAAAGACUCUGAGAUGCUGCGAACUGAGCUACCUAUGAUUCGUGAAGCCUGUCUUCGAGUCUUGACCCUGUCCACCAUUUUCCUCAAGGAAGCAGCUUCCUAUGGACUGUGCCUUGCUGAGAUUGGUGAAAUGAUGAGUAGAGAAUUCCGUAGUGGCGAAGAGGAACCAAGUGAGCUUGAAGUUGUUUGCAUUGAGGCUCGAAGGCUGGUUGCUGAGAAGGAAUUACUCCCUGCACUUGGUUCUGUACUUGACGAUGAUGAGUUUCAGUUUGAGAUAGAUUAUGAAGAAGAUAUGACCGGACUCUAUUUUAAUCCAAAAAUGCCCUUCUCUGAUUUCACAAGCAAGAAUCAUUUUCAUGCUUCACUGUCAAAACUGGAUGAAAGCAUUGAGGAGGAAGAGGAGAACUGUGAGGAAGAGAAAAAGAUUUCCACCAAGAAUGCAACUGUUUUAAAGCUAUCCACGUCUCUUAAGAAAACCAGUUUGCUAGGAGGACCAAAGCUAGAGAGUUCAUCAUCAUCUUCUGGCCACCGUAGUGCAAACGAGCAGCUUCCCGCAAGUGCCAGUUUUGUCAAGGUGUCAGAUAUGAACGAGGAAGAGUGGGCAGUAUUUCUAGAGAAGUUUCUCGAGCUGUUGCCACCAGCCUUCGGGAAGAGGAAGUCAGUGACUCUUGGUCAGAGGCAGAGGCAGAGGCUUGGAACUUCAUGCCAGUUUUGAGGCAUUUUUACUGUCUCUCACUUAUUAGUGCACACUGGGAGUAGUAAUAACAAUUUCCAGGCUUGUUGAAGCGAGAGAAAAGAUAGAUUCCUAUCUCCCCUGAAGAUGGAGGCAGCAAGGAGCAGUAGUGUUUUAGUAGGGCUGUUUUCUCCUUUUUUGUAAAUAUUGCUGGAGGGUAGCAAGCUUGGGGGGAAGCGGGUUAGACUUGGUUGCAUUUAUUUGUUACACAUGUUUCUUUCUUUCUUUUUCUUUCCCCUCCUUUCGCCUUGUUACUGAGAAGAUAUGUUGGAUAAAUAAUUUGGGGACUCCCAAAACACAAAAAAAAAACUUUUAUGUAGAUAGCUGCUCAAACUCUGUGUUUGUUUAGAGACGUGUCUAAAUAUCUUAUCGACUGUUGAAUUACUAGGCUUUUUUCCUAAUAACAAACCAUCUCUGGCCCUCAGUGCCAUCUGAAUUGGCUACUUGCUAGAUGGGGAUCUGAAGAUUGUUCAGUUUCCAUGACUUAGUUCAACGAUUUAAAUUUUGGUAAACCCUCAUCAAUAUUGCCUGUCAUUCAUUGAGAUACUUGGAUAGUUGGAUGGACUGUGAACUAAUCUAGUUUUAGCCGCAGACCUAAGAGUUUUAAAAGUUUUGGAGACUAUUCCCAGAUGCUAUAAUACUAGGGCUGGACUGAACCGGGCCUCGGGCCUGGGCCCGGCCGGGCCUCGGUUCAGAAUAUUGAGGCCCGAGCCCGAACCGGGGGUGGCCGGUUCCAGCCCAGACCGGGCCGGUUCCGGCCCAGACCGGGCCGGUUCCGGGCCGGGCCACCCGCCCUAUUUUUUUUUGGCUUCUUUAUUUAAUCCCCUACCCCUCUUCCUCAACUCCAAACCACCCCAAACCACCUCAAAUGGACCAAAAUACCUAAUCUAACCCAAAACUUAAAAAAUUUUCAAAAAAAAAAUAAAAAAAUUAUUUCCGGCCCGGACCGGGCCCGAACCGGCCGGGCCGGUUCACCAUAUGGAAGGCCCGGGCCCGGAACCGGGAACAACCGGGCCGGUUCGACCCGAACCGCCGGUGGACCGGGCCACCGGGCCGGUUCCGGGUCGGGUCGCCCGGCCCGAGUCCAGGCCUAUAUAAUACUAACCACAACCCUCAAAUUAGAAAUUGAGGAGUAAUAAAUAAAAUUAGUUAAAUGUCUAGUUUACCUUCAUAAAAAGCAUGACACGAAUCUAGUUUACCCUCGUAACAAUACUACUUGUGGCAAUCUCCAUACAAUUAUACGCAGCCUUCAUUCAUACUACUGCUCCUAGGAAAGUGAUCACUUAAAAUCAGCGGUGACAUAAACUGAUUGCUCAUUCUGGUGAUUCUAAAAGACAACGUCAAAAUAAAAUGGUUAGCAUCAUUCACAAGGUUUUGAAGAGGUCUGGUAUUCAGACAUCACAGAUUGCUUAAUGACCACCAUUUUUUUGCUAAAUUAUUUUUACUCCGUAUGAAGUUAGUUAUUUCAGUGGAAGUAAAAAAUAAGUGGCCGCCCACUUCUUCUAUGCACUUUUUUCCCUUAAAAGUGACACCUAUAGGGGACAUACAUGAGACAAUGAGGAGCAACAUUCUUGCUACGCACAGGCACAGCGUGACAACUUUUCAUUUAUUUGGCAAUUUAGGACCAGUCCAUGUCCAUCUCUUCUCUCGAUCACUCUAGAGUCUAGUCUAUACUCUACACUCUACAGUGGCAAUUUAGCACUCCCCUCCGUUCUGUCUUGCUGUAUUUUGGACUGUCGUUUUGCUGUAAUUUUAGGGCUUGUUUGCAAACACUUAAAUAAAGUGUUUGUGGCUUUUUUUUUUUAAGAAAAAACAUUUAUUUUACCAAACACUAGCAACUUUUACUUUCUCGGUUUUCGUGUAGAAUCUACUUUUUACUUUUUCUAUUACACAAAAAACACUUAUUUUACCAAACACUACCAACUUUUAUUACUAAUCAUUUUUUUCUCCCAAAAAGUGCUUUUAUUUAAACACAAGCACUUGCAAACAAAGCCUUGUAAGUUGUAACAGAAAUGGCUAGAAUCUAGUUAAACUUAUUUUACACUCUAACAGAAUUGAAAUUUCUAUUAUUUAGGAUAGAUUAAUUAUUUCCCCAUGUAUUUC